CCCCCCUUGGUGCCGAAAUGAGCUGCUGUGAGUCGCGGAUGUAAGUGCGGAGCUCUUGAGUGCGGAGCCGAGGCGGCUAUUCGGAGGGACAACAGCAGCAGGAGGAAGGAGAGAGUCUGUAAACCAGCACUACCAUCCUCUUCGUCACUGGAACUGGAGCUCAAUAGCCACAUACAACACAUCACCCAGACCGGCUGCAGACUGAAUAGCCUAAAUUCAUUAUGAAUAGGAUCUAAGGUUGACUUUGGUUGAAGCAAGGAGGGAUUUUUUUGCCGGUGGAUGUGGUCGCACCUUGUGGAAAUGCUACAAAAUAUGAAUUUAUCCGUCUUCCUUCUUUCUUUUUUAUGGGGACUAUCGUUUGGCGGUUCUCCUAGCGUACAAAUCGGCGGACUAUUUCCAAGGGGUGCGGACCAGGAAUACAGCGCCUUUCGCGUCGGCAUGGUUCAGUUCGGCACGCCCGAAUUCAGACUGACGCCCCACAUUGACAAUCUGGAAGUAGCAAACAGUUUUGCGGUCACCAAUUGCUUCUGUUCGCAGUUCUCGAGAGGAGUCUACGCUAUUUUUGGAUUUUACGAUAAGAAGUCCGUGAACACGAUAACAUCCUUCUGCAAAACUCUACACGUGUCUUUUAUAACGCCGAGUUUUCCUCUGGAUGGAUCACAUCAGUUUAUCAUCCAAAUGAGGCCGGACAUCAAAGGACCCCUCCUGAGCCUGAUUGAAUACUACAAGUGGGACAAGUUUGCCUAUCUGUACGACAGCGACAGAGGCUUGUCCACACUUCAGGUGGUUCUGGACACUGCGGCAGAGAGGAAGUGGCAGGUGACGGCCAUCAACGUCGGCAACCUCAAGGACGAGAAGAAGGAUGAGGCCUACCGCUCGCUUUUCCAGGACCUGGAGAACAAGAAGGAGAGGAGAGUCAUCUUAGACUGUGAGCAGGACAAAGUCAAAGACAUCAUGGAGCAGGUCAUCACAAUUGGCAGACAUGUCAAAGGAUAUCACUACAUCAUUGCCAACUUGGGUUUCAUUGAUGGAGACUUGUCAAAAAUCCAGUACGGGGGAGCCAACGUAUCUGGCUUUCAGAUUGUGGAUUUUGACGACCCACUGGUGUCCAAAUUUGACCAGCGGUGGGAGGCGUUGGAGGAGAAGGAGUACCCUGGGGCCGACAGUAAAAUCCGGUACACCUCGGCCCUGACGUACGAUGCCGUGCAGGUGAUGACCGAAGCGUUCCGCUACCUGCACAAGCAGCGGAUCGACAUCACGAGACGGGGCAACAAUGGCGACUGCCUGGCCAACCCAGCCGUGCCGUGGGCACAGGGCUUGGAGAUAGAACGGGCCCUGAAACAGGUUCGCGUGGAGGGUCUGACGGGGAACAUACAGUUUGAUCAAAAUGGCAGGAGGGUCAACUAUUCUGUUAAUAUCAUGGAACUGAAAAAUAGUGGUCCAGUGAAGAUCGGUUAUUGGACUGAGGCUGACAAAAUGGCUGUGACUAAUCCCGAUAUCUUACAAAAUGAAUCACUGGGAAUGGAAAAUAAAACCGUUAUAGUGACGACAAUUUUGGAAGCGCCGUACGUGAUGCUGAAGAAGAACUCGGACCUCUUUGUGGACAACGACAGGUACGAGGGUUACUGUGUGGACCUCGCCGCUGAGAUUGCAAAGCACUGUGGAUUCAAGUACCAGCUGAAAAUAGUCGGAGACGGAAAGUACGGAGCCAGAGAUGCAGAGACCAAAAUCUGGAAUGGAAUGGUUGGAGAACUAGUGUAUGGGAAAGCUGACAUAGCGGUCGCACCGUUAACAAUCACCUUGGUGAGAGAAGAAGUGAUUGACUUUUCCAAACCGUUCAUGAGUCUGGGCAUCUCCAUCAUGAUUAAGAAGCCCCAGAAAUCCAAACCGGGCGUGUUCUCCUUCCUGGAUCCGCUGGCGUAUGAGAUCUGGAUGUGCAUUGUCUUCGCCUACAUCGGCGUCAGUGUGGUCCUGUUCUUAGUCAGUCGCUUCAGUCCGUACGAGUGGCACACGGAGGAAUACGAAGAUGGACAGAUACAAACGAGCGAGUCCACCAACGAGUUUGGGAUAUUUAAUAGUCUCUGGUUCUCCCUUGGCGCCUUUAUGCAGCAAGGAUGCGAUAUUUCGCCAAGAUCCCUCUCUGGCCGCAUUGUUGGUGGGGUGUGGUGGUUCUUUACCUUGAUCAUAAUAUCGUCCUACACGGCUAACUUAGCUGCCUUCCUGACCGUCGAGCGGAUGGUGUCGCCCAUCGAAAGUGCAGAGGACCUAGCUAAGCAAACUGAAAUUGCUUAUGGAACUCUGGAUUCCGGCUCGACCAAAGAGUUUUUCCGGCGCUCUAAAAUCGCGCUGUUCGAUAAGAUGUGGACCUACAUGAAGGGCGCGGAGCCCUCGGUGUUUGUGAAGACCACGGCCGAGGGCGUGCUCAGGGUGCGCAAGUCCAAGGGGAAGUACGCAUACCUGCUGGAGUCCACCAUGAACGAGUACAUCGAGCAGCGCAAACCCUGCGACACCAUGAAGGUCGGGGGCAACCUGGACUCCAAGGGCUACGGCAUCGCCACCCCCAAGGCCUCCUCAUUAAGAAAUGCGGUUAACCUCGCAGUACUAAAACUGAACGAGCAAGGCCUCUUGGACAAAUUGAAAAACAAAUGGUGGUACGACAAGGGAGAGUGCGGCAGCGGGGGAGGUGAUUCCAAGGAGAAGACAAGUGCCCUCAGUCUGAGCAACGUGGCUGGGGUCUUCUACAUCCUCGUCGGCGGACUGGGUUUGGCCAUGCUGGUGGCUUUGAUUGAGUUCUGUUACAAGUCCAGAGCCGAGGCCAAAAGAAUGAAGGUGGCACAGAACGUUAACCCAACUUCCUCGCAGAAUUCGCAGAAUUUUGCAACUUAUAAGGAAGGUUACAACGUGACGUUCACGGACGCCAUGAGGAAUAAAGCGAGGCUGUCGAUAACAGGAAGCACUGGAGAGAACGGCCGUGUGAAAACGCCAGACUUCCCGGAUGCGGUGCAUGCUGUACCUUACGUGAGACCUGGUAUGGGAAUGAAUGUCAGUAUGACCGAUCUCUCCUGAUCGAAACGGACCUAUCGAGUGCCUUACACAGUGGUUUUAAUCGUGCGUUGUCUGGCCAUACCGCUAGAGGGAACGUUCACUACUACAGUCGUAAGGACAUCAUUCCCUUCCUUUAAGUCUCUCUUUACACCUUUAUACCAACGGGGGAGGGGUGGGGGUGAGGGUGAGGGUGCACAGCUGAUGACAUCGUCCCGCCUUUUCUGUCUACUCCAAUCGACAUGCACAGCUGAUGACAUCGUCCCGCCUUUUCUGUCUACUCCAAUCGACAUGCACAGCUGUUGUUGGAAGCACCAUGAGUCUCAGCUGAAAAAAAAUCAUUGUCGAGGCAGUGCGUCCAUUUUUUUGCGUGGCCAUCGUCGUUUAAUCCAGGACCCAUACUGACUUAAGCACACUUGACUUCAUUUGCAUCGAGAUGUGUUUUUUUUCUUUUUUCUAAGAAAAUUCAAAUAAAAAUACCCAAAAAUAUUUUUAUGUAUUUUCACAAACAGAACGGCUUUUAAAUAAACUUGCUUCCAUAUUAGUUGACUAUAUGAUCUGUGAGGAUGUAAAAAAGGCUUUAGGUUUUACCAAAUUCAUAUUGGUAUUAUUCCAAAUAUGUUCAUGCUAAUUGAGGUAUAAUGUUUAAAUCGUGUAAUUUAUUCCUGUUAUAAUCUUCCUGUGUAUCUUAUUCUUUAACAUAUGGUGUUGAUAUAAGAGGUACUCAAUGCUUGACAUUUGAAAUAAGUUCUUUUCUCAUGGUUUUAUUUGUAAAAGUGUAAGUUCUUUAUAUUGUGAUGCUGUUAUAACCUUUUCUUUUAUUUCGUUAGUUUUUAGGAAGUGUGAGGUGUGUUGUCCUUAUAUUUCAAUUUUCUGGGCAAAGAUCAGGGUAACAGCUUCACAAACUGUAAUCUAACAGCAAUUUGUGUGUAAAUGCAGGGGAACACAAAUGGGCACGAUCUCUUUUUGAAUAAGGCAAACGGAUUAAAAUAACAGCUCAAAGCUUGUUCCAAGAUGCCAGAUAAGGCAUAUAAAUUUACAUCCAGAGGUUUAGGUCGAAAGAUAUCUGUCACCACCAUCCAAGUGAACAUAGUUUAAAUAUUCCCUAUUUUUAGUAUAUGUAGACAUCAUAUACGACUACAUUGAAGCAUAUAUAUAUAUAUAUAUAUAUAUAUAUAUAUAUAUACACACACACACACACACAGCCUCAUUCUCUGAUUUGACAUUAUAUAUAUGAUGGAUAUGGUUCUUGGUACCACAAACAGGAAGUGUUUUAAAUAUACUAUCACUUUGAGGACAAACUCUCCCGGCUUGUUUUUGUAUCUGUUUGACCAGUAAUGGCGCUAUUAUGUUGCUGUUAUCGGAAGUUUAAAUGAAUGGAUAGAGAUGGACACAGACGGCUAUUUCAACCUGGAAUGGAAAAAUAAAACGCUUAGAUAUUUCUAAAUUUGUGAAACGUACUUCUUUAAUUAUGUCUUGAGUUUUAAAAACAGUCAAGGUCACUUAACGCUUUUAAAAGGCUGUUUAGGACUUACAUAAUCAUUUUGUAUCUACAGUAAAUAAACCACAUGACUGAAUUGCAGAUAUACGAAGGGCGGCAUAAACGUACUAAUUUUAGCGUUUACUGUCUCGUUAUAAAUUACAAACAGGUGUUUGACUGAAAUUCAGAGCAAUUCCUGAAAUAUUGUAAAUGAAAUCUGUGAUACGUGUGGUUUAUUUUUGGGGACUCUUUCUGAAUAAAAUGCAAUGAAAAUAUCA